UUUGCCGCUUCGACCCAGCUCCCUGCUUGACAAUGAGAACAGGCAUUUAACUGCAGAUCCAUCCCAUCGUGCCUGACAGAGCAGCAGUGAUACACUGACGAGGAGACAUCUGUCCCUGGGCUUUCCUGAGGAGGCGUCUCUGCCAGCAGUACACGAUAACUUUGCUGUGGUUUGGAGUUUCUAUGGUUUCUUGUAUAACUUCCAGGAUAUGUGGAUGUAACUACAUCUAAGACAUUAUGAGCGGGGACAGCAAGAGUAGAGGUUUCUCAGAAAGCCUGUUCCUAGACGACUCUGAGAAAGGAGUCAUUACCGGAGUCCCAGAUAACAGAAAUGCUGCAAAGAGUGGCCUAAACGCAGGGGAUGAGAUUGUUGCAGCCACUAUACAGCUAGACCACCUCAACAAAAAUGAAGUGCUGAACAUCCUGAGGGUCCUGGAGCCUUAUAAUCACAACAUGAAGUUUCUGACAAAGAAGCAGCUAAACGCCAGUGCUGGCCUUGGCUCCCUGGGAUUAGAUCUCAAAGACCCUACAAAGAUGCUCAACCUCAAGAAGGAUAUGUCACUGGAUGCAUCAGCUGAGGCACCAGUUAUUUCCCUUGAUGGCCUGAGUGGAAAGCUAAAUGCUGCACAGGGGUUGGGGGGUGAAAUAGGUGGUCCCACUCUCAAUGGAGACCUUCCCAGUCUCAGUCUAAAUAAGCGCUCAGCUGAUGCUAGUGCCAAGUUCACAAUGCCCUCCCUAGGACUGACUGGACCAGAUAUAAAAGGAGAUCUAGACAGCAGCCUCAAAGCACCUGAUGUCAGGGUCUCAACUCCCAAGCUCAACACCCCCAGUUCCUCGCUUGAGAAACCAGAAAUCAAGUCAGGCAACAUGAAAUACAACGCCCCGAAAUUCUCGAUGCCAAAUUUCAAUCUGCCUCACCUCAAACCGCCAAAAGCAAAAAUGGAUGUUUCUGGUGAUCUCCCUUCUGUCAGUGGAAAUGUAAAUACCCCAGAGCUCAAUCUGGCAGCCCCAAAAUUAGAUCUUAAAAGUCCAGAUUUGAACCUGAAUGGGUCAAAAGUGGAUCUGAAUGGUCCUAAUGUAAAUUUAGCAACCCCAAAUGCUGACAUAGAGGCACCCUCAGGCAAAGUCAAGUGGCCCCAUUUAAAAUGGAAAGGUCCCAAAGUUAAAGGACCGGAUGCCGACUUAAAUGCUGACCUGUCUGCACCUAAUUUCAGCCUCACCAAACCAAAGAUUGAAGGGGAUCUAAGUGCACCAGAUGUUGACAUUAACUGUCCCAAAGCUGACAUCAAAAGCCUUGAUCUAGAUCUUCAAAACCCAAAUCUUGACAUUGAUGCUCCAUCUGGUAAAAUCAAUUGGCCUCAUUUGAAAUGGAAGAAACCCAGACUUAAUGGCUCAAAAGCUGAGCUGGACUUAGAUGCAAACCUGAACACACCUUCUCUUCCAAAAGUGGAGGGUGGAAUAAAUUCCCCAGAUUUUGACAUUAAUUUGCCAAAGGCUGACCUUAAAGUCCCUGAUCUAGACAUGCAAACCCCAAAUAUUGAUGUAGAGUCUCCAUCUGGUCAGAUCAACUGGCCUCACCUGAAAUGGAAGAAGCCCAAACUUCAAGGCCCAAAAGCAGACUUAGGCAUAGAUGCAGACCUAAACACACCAGAUUUAAAUGUCUCAGCGCCGAAGAUUAAUGUACCAAAUGCUGAGCUGAAUCUUCCAAAAUCUGACCUUAAUGGCCCCAAUGUAGAUUUUGAGGGCCCAGAUCUUGGAAUUGACGCUCCAUCAGGCAAAAUUAACUGGCCUCAUCAGAAGUGGAAGAAACCCAAACUUAAUGGCCCAAACACUGAUAUGGACCUGAAUGCAGAUCUGAGCACACCAGAUGUUGAUCUCUCUGUUCCAUAUGUUGAUCUGAAUUUACCCAGAGCUAAUGUUGAUCUUAAAGCACCAAAUGCUGACAUUGACGCUCCUUCUGGCAAAAUCAAGUUCCCAACACUCAAAAAGCCCAAGUUCCAGCUUUCUGGGGCAAAGAUGAAAGGCCCAGAUGUUGACCUUGAUGCAGAUGUUAAAGCACCUGACCUCAGUCUCUCUGCUCCAUCACUUAAUGGACCUGAUUUUGAUCUGAAUUUACCCAAAGCUAAUGUUGAUCUUAAAGCACCAAAUGCUGACAUUGAGGCUCCUUCCGGCAAAAUCAAGUUUCCAACACUCAAAAAGCCCAAGUUCCAGCUUUCUGGGGCAAAGAUGAAAGGCCCAGAUGUUGACCUUGAUGCUGAUUUAAAAGCAACUGACCUCAGUCUCUCUGAUCCAUCACUCAAGGGACCUGAUGUUGAUCUGAAUUUACCCAAAGCUGAUGUAGAUCUUAGAUCACCAAAUGCAGACAUUAAGGCUCCAUCUGGGAAGUUUAAACUUCCAACUCUUAGAAAGCCAAAGUGGUCAGUCUCAGGUCCUAAUGUUAAUGGUCCAGAUACAAAUCUAAAUGCUGAUGUUUCAGCCCCUGACUUGAGUCUCAGAGCUCCAAAGUUUGAUGGCGAGUUAAAUGCACCAGAUGUAAAUCUAAACUUACCAAAAGCUGACCUGGAAGGCCCUAAGCUAGACAUUAAUGCUCCAAAUGUUGAAGGUUCUUCUGGAAAAUUAAAAUGGUUCAACUUCAAUAAACCCAAGUUUGGCACACUGAAGGGUCCAAAGGGUGACAUUGAUGCUCAUGUGAAGGUACCUGACAUGGACCUCAAAGCACUUGAUGCGAAUUUGAGUGCACCACAUUUUUCAGCACCAAAUAUUAAGGGUGGGAUUAAGGCUCCAGACCUCAGCAUCGGCAUGCCUAAUGCUAAAGUCAAAGGUCCAGAUGUAGAUCUUAGUGGUCCAGAUAUCAACCCAGAUAUUGACAUACCCGAUGGUAAGGUGAAGUUACCUAAACUUAAACUCCCGAAAUUCAAUGGGCCAAAAGCCAAGGCUCCUGAUUUAAAAGCACCAGACAUUGACGCCAGUGUUGUCUUACCUAAAGGUGAUGUGGAUGCACCUAAUGUAGACCUAAAAGCAUCAGGUCUCUUCUUGUCUGCACCAAAAGUUGGUCUUGAUGCACCAGAUCUCAAUAUUAAUUUACCAAAAGCUGAUCUAAAAGGUCCCAAUGUAGAUGUUCAAGCUCCAGAGGUUGACUCCCCAGCUGGAAAAAUCAAGAUACCCAAAAUAAAUUUACCAAGGUUUGGCUUACCGAGGGUAAAAGGACCUAAUCUCGAUGUUGAUGCUGACAAUGUCUCUAUUCCUGAUGUAAAUCUUAAAUUGCCAACAGCUGAUGCCAAAGCACCUAACUUGAAUCUUUUUGCCCCCACUAUUAAAGGAGAUCUCAGUACUCCAGAUCUGGAUGCUGAUCUCAAGACAGAUAUUAACCUUUCGGCCCCCAAAACAAACAUCGGUGUACCGGACUUAAAUCUUUCUACACCAAAGAUUAAGGCUCCACAUAUGAACCUUAAUUUGCCCAAAGCUGAUGUAAAGGGACCCAGUCUGGAUCUACCAAAAGCAGACCUUCAGGUACCUGAUCUCAACUUGAAUGCCCCAGCUCUCAGCCUGUCUUCACCAAAAAUUGAUGGAAACCUCUCAGCACCAAACAUAGACACCAAGUUGCCAAAAACUAAACUGGAAGCACCAAAUGUGGCUAUCAACCUGCCCAAAACAGACCUCAAAGGACCUGAUGCACAGUUAAAGACACCAGGUCUAGAUUUUGAUUCCCAUCUGGGGGAAUUUAAUAUGCCUCAUUUCAAGCUUCCAGAACUGGGUCUUUCAAGUCCUGAAGUAGAAGUUCCCAGUGUUCAUCCUUCAGUGGAGGCUGGAAUCAAGGCACCAAAGGUCAACAUAGGCACUACUAUGGGAGACAUCAAAGAACCCGAAGCUACAAAUGUAGAUGCCAAUCUUGAAAAUUCAAAAUUGUCAAGUUUGAAGUUUCCAAAGUUGAACUUUCCAGAGCCUAAAAUUAAAGCAGCAGAGGUGUCUAAUGCUGAGGCAGAGGUUCCUGUAUUCAAAGUCCACAGACUACCCAGGAACAGCAUUGAUGACAUUGCAGGAACUAGUGAUACCUUUGACUUAUUAAAACUUAACACAGAGGUAAAGGAUUAUAUCGUCAGCAAAGGGAUACGCUUGCCAGUGGUAAAUGCAACAUCAAAAGCAGGAGGAAAGAUUGACCUUAUGGAGAGAUUGAAAAUGUCAAAGAAAAAAUCACCCUCAGGUACCCUCUCACCAUCUGAUAUCGAUCUCAAGCUCUCCGCCCCAUGUCUUGAUGUCAGUGCCUUGACAAAAGAAGGAGAUUCUGCUUUGGUGAGAGGAGGUACUUUCAAAGUAGAAAAGCCAGAGUCCACACUGGGCUUGACAGCCCCUGAAAUUUCGGCAUUAGAUGCAAAUGACAAAUUGUCAUUGAGCCUCUCCAAUAUGCUUGGCCUUAAUAUCAAGGAUUCAGAUACUGACUGAUUCCUUUUAGGCAAAUCUGAUAGGUAAAGCUUUAGUCCAGAAACAUUGUAAAUACAUCUUACUUUACCAAUUUUCUUCCUUAAGUUUGUGACCCUAAACUCAGAUGUUGAUGUAAUGUUUACUUUACGCUUGCCACAGUUUUUUGCAGAUAAUGCAGCUACAGUACCCUCCUUGUGUAAUAACUUUAAGUAGCCAAGUGAAAAAACUUGUUUUUAUAAACUAUGUGUAUAUUCCUGUUAUUUAUAUAAGCUUUUUUCUAAUUGUUGAUUUGGAAGUAUGUUACCUAUUACAUAACUGCCUCAAUAUUGCAUGUGAUCACAUUGACCUGUUUAAGUUUCU